CAUACCGUGAUAUCAGGUUUCUGUCAAAAUCGGGCUUUAUACAUUAUGCAUAAAAACAACUUAAAUGUAAAGAACUGUUAAGUUUCGUGCAUUUUUGGUGAUUUGUGUAAAACAUCAGGUAUGAAAUAUGUUUGUAAAACGAGUGUCGUAUUGUGUGUUCUCGGUUUACUCAUUAUCACAAUUCAUUUCAAAUACAAUUACAUUUAUGACGGACGACUUGGACAAUCCAUGUUAACUCAAAGAAGUAAUAUAGAUAAUGACAAUGAAGUGCGCGCGUGUCGGUAUGUCUUUCUGGAUUUAGGUUCAAACAAAGGUGUGCAAAUUCGGAAGUUAUUUGAACCUAAUCUUUAUCCAAACGCUUCUAUUAUCCCCGUAUUCGACCGAGUUUUUGGAAAUAUCUCCGAAAGGCAAAGAUAUGCAUGUGCAUUUGGCUUUGAAGCGAACCCGAGACAUAUGAAGAGGCUAAAAUUUAUUGAAGAGUCGUACAAAAACAAAGACUUCCGAGUGGAUUUUUACCACCUUGCUGUUUCAGAUAGGGACAAUGACACAGUGACAAUAUUUUCGGAAACAAAUUUUGAUCUGGAUUGGGGAGCUGGAAUUUUAGAUCAAGCCAUCAACAAUAAGGCAAACAUGACUAGGUAUAAGGUACACACAGUGGAUAUAGUGAGAUUCAUCGUAGAAAUAAUAAAUCCUUUGAAAUCAAAGGCAGUUUUUAUGAAGAUGGACAUUGAAGGCUCAGAGUAUUUGGUAUUGCCUCACAUGAUAAAGAAUAAUAUUUUGUGCAAAGAUAUCAUCACUUCAGCAGGUAUCGAACUCCACGAAUGGGCACGAAAACCACUCAAAACGUCACUGGACCUGAGCAAAUUCAAGCAAAACUUAAAACUACAAUCGUGCGUUCCUACAAGUGUUUUUCCGCUUGACGAUGAAUCAUAUAACUUGGACGUAGCAAUAAAUCCGGAUAGCUGAUCAAUAGCUGACGAUAUAUGAGAUAGGAACAAUGCCAUAUUAACAAUACUUUCGGAAACGAAUUUUAAUCUGGAUUACGGUGCUGGAAUUUUAGAUCAAGCCAUCAACAAUAAGGCCAAAAUGAUAAGAUAUUAGGUACACAUAGUGGAUAGAGUCAAAUUCCUUGUGGAAACAAUAAAUCCUUUGAAAUCAAAAGGAGUCUCUAUAAAGAUGGACAUCGAAGGCUCAGAAUAUUUGGUAUUGCCUCAUAUGAGAAAGAGUAAGAUUUUGUGCAUCAAUAGCUGACCUAUCUGUUUAAUAAACAGAUACAAUUUAGGGACAGACUCAGCAUUUGGCAUUAAAUAAUGGCAUUUGUAAUAAUGUGUAGCCGCACACAUGUGUUCUAUUUUUCAUUGCUUUUUAUGAAAUAUAUAAUACUUAUACUUUUGACAGAGAUGAAAAAUAAAAUAUGAAUAAACUGAUAUAAAAGAAGUGUCAUAUGGGGUACAGUGUGGGGUAUGUGACUUUCCAUCAGAAAUCAAAAUAUAAUAUAUGCUUUGGUUAAGACAAAUUUCGUUUCGAUCAUUUACAAUUAAUUCAGUUCAAAACAAUUUGAGCAUGAUCAUAAUAAACAAAGUCCAAAUAUGUUGUGCAUUGAAAGAAAACAUGUGAAUAAUGCACAAAACAUAAGUGUCGACAUAAUUGAGAAGAAAGCUUUUAUUUUUAAUAAUGUUUACCCUAUUUGUUCCAAGUUUUAGUAUAAUGAUGCUUUUUAUUAUGAAACUCUAUGAUCACACAGUUUUAAACCUUUUAUUUUAUAAGGCAGACUGUGUGGGAUGUUUAUAGUUUCUAACAACGACUGCAUCGUAUCUUUGAAAAGUGUUUGCAUUAGGUGCUCUGAAUUGUAUCCCUCUGUCUGCAGAUAGAGUUGGGAUCUCUAAUCAUAGACGUACUUAGACGGGGUUUGCCUAUACGUUUAUUGGUAUUUGUUUUAUUGAUAAGUUUCCUAAAGGUAAGGAAUACUUUGAUAAGAUUUACCUUUUGCGUUUUAUCUAUAUUAAGGAUUGUUGGGAUACAUUAAAUUGUUUUUGAAGCGCUGCAUCCCGCUGAAUUAGACAUUGCAUUUGUUCAAACUAUUUGUUAAGGUCAAUAUGGCAUUGAGUUUUCGUAAACAAAUGAGCAAAUUAAACACUUUGAAAUUGAGUUUUUUUCCAGAAUUAUGUUCCUUAUUCGGAUUUUGGAGCGUUUUCAAAGAACUUCAAGUUCUAAACUCCGCUUGAACAUAUAAUGCAUUUCUGCAAACAUUUCAUGUGGACCACUGCUGCAUUGAAAUUAUAUCAAAAAUGGAUAAAACUUUAUAUUUUUACGUGAACAAGGUUUCUAUUCCUUAUUCGGAGUUUGUUACGUUUCACUUUAAGAACGUAAGUCUUCUUAAAUAUACAAUGCA